CAGAAAGCGGUGGGACUUGUUUAUAAAAUAAUACUAAUGGGAAAUUUCGAAUUUUACAAUUUGGGAAGAAAUCUGCUAACCUUCUGUCGGAAUCAGAGUUUUCAACUACCGCAACAGCUGAAUGGGAGCUAGUUAGGGUUCCAAGCUCUUGGAACAAGAUUUUGGGCGUUGGGUUCAGUUGGAGGAGUAAUGUUUGAAUGUUUAUGCAAUGAUUGAAUUGGGGGAGGCAUCUGAACCCGGGUCCAGAAUGUUGACUUGCAGAUUGGUGAGAAGUGGUUCGUUUGGUGAGGAUGAGCGCUUUCUUCGGCAGGUUAGCUACGGGGCAACUGGAGCUAGGAAUACUAGUCCUCUUGGCCGAUUGGGGUCAAGGAAUACAAGCCCUUCUAGGCAGAAAGUCGUUAAGACGAAACCCCGGGGUUUGGAUGAAGAAACUGUGACAACGUUUUGUAAAUCUGCUCAGCCAGAUGUUCACAUGGAGGAUAACAUAUGGGCUAUGCUGCCAGAGGAUUUGUUGAAUGAGAUUUUGGCUAGAAUUCCGCCCUUUAUGAUAUUUAGGCUCCGUUCUGUUUGCAAAAGAUGGAACUCGAUUUUGCAGGAUAAUAGCUUUCUGAUGUUUCACUCACAGGUGCCAUCUCACGGGCCUUGCCUUCUGACUUAUUGGAGGAAUCCACAGACUCCUCAGUGCUCCGUGUUUAGCUUGCCGUUGAAGCAGUGGUUCAGGAUUCCAUUUAAUUUUCUACCACCAUGGGCGUUCUGGUUGGUUGGUUCUUCUGGGGGUUUGGUGUGUUUCUCGGGAUUGGAUGGUACGACUUUCAAGACGUUAGUUUGCAAUCCAUUAACUCAAACUUGGAGGACUUUGCCAGGUUUACAUUAUAAUCAGCAGAGACAGUUAAUUAUGGUUGUUGAUAGGAAGAAUCGAUUGUUUAAAGUCAUAGCCACUAGUGAUAUUUAUGGGGACAAGUCAUUGCCCACUGAAGUAUACGACUCAAAGGUAGACAAAUGGUCGCUUCACCAAACCAUGCCUGCUGUAAACCUAUGCUCCUCGAAGAUGGCUUUCUGCGACUCAAGGUUGUAUCUGGAGACUCUUUCACCACUCGGUCUAAUGAUGUACAGGCUUGAUACGGGGCACUGGGAGCACAUACCUGCAAAGUUUCCCCGGUCUUUGUUGGAUGGAUAUUUGGUGGCUGGGACUCAGAAACGCCUGUUUCUAGUUGGAAGAAUCGGGUUGUACAGUACUCUACAGAGUAUGAGGAUUUGGGAGCUCGAUCAUACAAAAUUUGUAUGGGUUGAGGUCAGUAGGAUGCCGCCAAGGUUCUUUCGGGCUCUUUUGAGACUCUCAGCGGAGAGAUUUGAAUGCUUCGGACAGGAUAACUUGAUAUGCUUUACAUCGUGGAACCAAGGGAAAGGUCUUCUAUACGACGUGGAUAAGAAGGUGUGGUCUUGGAUUGCUGGAUGUGAUCUUCAAUCCUUCAACAGCCAGGUCUGCUUCUACGAGCCCAGAUUUGAUUCAACGAUUCACUGAUGAGCAGAUCCACAUUCUAUACAUCCCCUUUUGAUCUGCAUCCCAUGACCAAAAAAGACUUACUCUCAUCAAUUCUGACAUGUUCAUGAUUGCUGAAACCGGCCGUCGAUCAUGUUCUUCAAGGAACCAGUUUUAGGUUGAGUAGCUCCCUUGCACACAGAUCAAGUCAAGUUAACAUAUUGUAAACUACUCAUCCCAUAUCUUUGUUGUAUAUCUAUUAGGGCUGAUAAUUCGGUCAUCGGUUAGUCGGUUAACCGAUGACCGAACCGAUAUUCUCGGUUCUCGGUUAACCGAGAACCGCCCAAUUCGGUUUUCGGUUAUUUCGGUUCUCGGUUCUGCAUGUGUUGAUCGGUUCUCGGUUCUAACCGAGAACCGAUCGGUUAACCGAUAUCGGUUCUCGUGUCGUUGCUGAAUACUAUGGAACAGAUCCAUUCUCAUCCUCUCAUUUCCAAUUGUUUCGACAACUACCACUUUCAACCUCUUCGGGAAACAGUUUAUUUUCUAGUCGAUUUUGUUGAGAAUUAUUCCAACGAAGCUGAAGACAUGAUUGAAGUCGCUUGCUGAUCGAAUUAUUGCUUCAUCUUCUACCAAAAGUCUACUAAUGUUGCAUUGCCUCGAGAUGAGCUCCAUCAAGGAUAAGGUUAUCAAGUUUAAAAAGGAAACCCCAUCAGCCACUUCCAUGCCUCCACCAUCAGCUCCGUCAGUUCAAUCCCUCCAGUACCAUCAUCGUCUUCAUCAGCUCCUCGCGCAGCUAAGAACCAAGUGGUGGCCAAGAUGGGAAAUCUUCGUGUGCAACAUCCAAGGAUCAAUACUUGUCAACCACAUAAAUUUUUUUUAAUUCGGUUCCGAUUGGUUAACCGGAACCGAACCGACCCUAUUCGGUUAGGAACCGAACCGAACCGAGGCCAAUUCGGUUUCGGUUCCGGUGCUUCAAUUUCGGUUAGGUUUGGGCUCGGUUAACCGAGUUUUCGGUUCGGUUCUAACCGAACCGACCGAUUUAUCAGCACUAAUAUCUAUGCAAUGAGCCAUUUUUAUAGUUGUGGAACUGUCUUCUUGUCUAUAUACUGCUUUGGUUUCCUUUU